AUGAAAGAAGUUGUCAGAAAAGAGGUGGUAAAGUGGCUAGAUGCUAGUGUGGCAUAUCCUAUUUCAAAUAGCAAGUGGGUCAGCCCAGUUCAAGUGGUACCUAACAAAGGAGGGAUGACUGUGGUAAAGAAUGAGAAGAAUGAGUUAAUCCCUACUAAAACAGUUACUGCCAUAGCACAUGUGGAUCAAAAGAAGACUACUUUCACAUGUCCUUAUGGUACUUUUGCUUUUAGGAGAAUGCCAUUUGGACUAUUCUUUGGUUCUUCAUUCGAUCAUUGCCUUGAGAAUUUGGAGAAGGUGUUAAUCAGAUGCGAAAAGUCAAACUUGGUCCCAAACUGGGAGAAGUGUCACUUUAUGGUAACAGAAGGGAUAGUUUUGGGACACAAGAUCUCAAAAGCAGGUAUUGAGGUGGACAAAGCAAAGGUGUCAACAAUAGAGAAUUUACCUCCUCCAGUUUCUGUGAAAGGAGCAUUCCAAGUUCUUAAGGAGAAAUUGAUUUCAGCACCAAUAGUCACUUCACCAAAUUUGGAGUUGCCCUUCGAGUUGAUGUGUGAUGCAAGUGACUACGCAAUCGAAGCGGUCUUGGGUCAACGGGUUGACACGGUGUUUCAUACAAUCUACUAUGCUAGUAGAACCCUAUAUGAUGCUCAACUAAAUUAUGCCACGACGGAGAAAGAGAUGCUGGCAGUUGUGUUUGCUUGUGAUAAGUUCCGCCCCUAUCUAAUUGGAAAUAAGGAAUUUGACAUAGAGAUAAAAAAUAAGAAGGAAACUGAAAAAUCUGGUAGCAGAUCAUCUGUCAAGAUUAGAAUUAGAAGAAAGCUAGAAUACAAAAGAGUCAACUUUUUGGCUGCCAAUAUAACUCCUCCUAAGCUAUCUCGUCAACAAUUAAAGAAAUUCUUUUCAGAGGUAAAGCAUUACUAUUGGGAAGAGCCAAUUCUCUACAAACACUGUGCUGAUCAGAUAAUUAGGAGAUGUGUGCCGGAAGAGGAGAUGUACUCUAUUCUCAACCACUGCCAUGCUUUACCAUGCGGGGGACAUUUCAGUGGCACAAGAACUGCUGCUAAGGUGUUGCAAAGCGGAUUCUUUUGGCCUACUCUUUUCAAGGACGCUAGUAGUUUUGUGAAGGCAUGUGAUCGUUGUCAGCGAACAGGAAAUAUCUCAAGGAAAAACGAAAUGUCUUUGACAGGAAUCUUGGAAGUAGAAUUGUUUGAUGUGUGGGGGAUAGAUUUUAUGGGUCAUUUUCCUUCAUCUUUUAGCAAUUUUUACAUCUUAUUGGUUGUGGACUAUGUUUCAAAAUGGGUUGAAGCUGCAGCAACACCAGUCAAUGACGGUAAAACAAUUCUUCUCUUCCUUACUCGGUUCGGUACUCCCCGAGCAAUUAUAAGCGAUGAAGGGAGUCACUUCUGCAUUAAAUAG